AUGGGUCAUUGUCUAAGCGGGGCCCGGCGGUUCACAGCCUUUUUUUCUCCAUUGCGCUACCCCUCUAAAACCUCACCCUCUGAUACCCCGCGCGUCAUUUACCUCGCGAUCUCCCGUCAUGGCGUCAGCUUCACUCCCCGCCUCCGUGGCGGCCUUGUCCCCUCCAAUCGACUGAACAGCGGUCCAAGUUCGCCGGCUGCUUUCCGACCUUGA